AUGCUACCGCAGCCCAAGGCCAGGGAAGCCGUUGACUCCACGCCGAAGGACAUCAUCAUCCCCCAAAGAGAGAAACCCGGAUACAUCGACCAAGAAGAAGAUGAACUGCAGAAUGAUAUCCAAGAAGAAGCCACGGUUCUUGGAAGCAUCCAUAUCCUGUGUUGCCUGGUGAUUUCAAGUUUUGGGGCUAUUUUGGAUUUUUCUUCCUACUCUUCCCACCUCAAGCCAGCAGUUUCCACCAUGUUGAUGACUGGGUACCCAUUUGUAGGAGCUCUGUGUUUUGCCAUUACAGGGAUCCUUUCCAUUAUCUCUGGGAAAAAGUCAACCAAGCCCUUUGCCAUGAGCAGUACCACCUCCAGUGCAGUGAGUUCUGUUGUCGCUGGAGCUGGCCUCUUCCUCCUCACUUACAGCCUGGGGACUCUCUCUCAACUGUGUGACUCAGAAAAGGAGCACGAGUCUUCCGUGCCUCAUUCGGGGAACCACGAUCUGAGACAUGAAACCAAAAACUGUGUCCCGGACUGUGUCAGUCUCAUGGCUGUGCUGGUGGUGAUGCUUCUCUUCUCUGUGCUGGAGUUCUUACUAGCUGCAUACGCGUCCGUCUUUUGGUGGAAACAGGUCUACUCCAACAACCCGGGGAGUUCAUUUUCCUUGCCUCAGUCUCAGGAUCAUAUCAAACAUGUCAAAGCCUUCUUCAAGGUCAUGGAUAACUGUUGGCCUUAGAGGACAAAAGAAGGAGAAACCCAGGGC